AUGCCAGCAGUGGAAGCCUGGAAGUUUCUGGAGGAAACUUUCUGCCUGGCUACGGUGGUGGUGGCUUUGUCGGAGUUGGCGGUUGUGCUGGGGUUGGCGGUUGUGCCGGGGCUGGUGGUUGUGCCAGGGUUGGUGGUUGCAUCGGGGUUGGUGGUUGCAUCGGGGUUGGUCGUUGCAUCGGGGUUGGUGGUUGCAUCGGGGUUGGUCGUUGCAUCGGGGUUGGUGGUUGCGCUGGGGUUGGUGGGUUUGGCAGGGUUGGUGGUUGCACGGGGGGCGGCGGUUGCAUCGAGGUCGGUGGUUGCAGGGGGUUGCACAGCAGACCUGGGCAAUGAGAAGAAGGGGUAUUAUCGACGGCAUCGCGUGUGUGACGAGCACUUCAAAGCACCCGUGGUUCUUGUGGGGGGUCAGGCUCAGCGCUUCUGCCAGCAGUGCAGCAGGUUCCAUGUGCUGGGUGAGUUCGACGAGGGCAGGCGCAGCUGCCGCAUGCGCCUCCAGGGACACAACAGCCGCCGCCGCAAGUCACAUGCCAAGGCGAGUCAGCAGGAGUAG